AUGGACGUUAACAACACCUUUUUAUAUGGUGACCUGAAUCAUACUAUUUAUAUGGCUCAACCGUCUGGAUAUGAAGUGAAGGCUCAACUCGGCACUACAGCAGAUGCAAGUUUGUUUGUUAAAAGGUCGGGUGACAACAUUGCUAUAGUUCUUAUUUAUGUUGACGAUCUAAUUGUAACCGGAAAUUGGGUCUAUGAAACAAAGCAACUUCAGUUAAAUAUUAGUACAAGAUUAAAGAUUAAAGAUCUGGGAUGUUUGAAUCACUUUCUUGGGCUUGAGGUUUCGUAUAAUUCAAGUGGAUUGGUUUUACACCAAAGCAAGUAUACAAGAGAGUUGUUGCAAAGGUUUGGAAUGUAUGAUGCGAAAACCGCUGUAACCCCAAUCGAUGUGAAUAUCAAGCUGUACAAAAAAAGUGGAACCAAGCUAGAAGAUCCAACAGAAUAUCGCCAAAUAAUUGGAAGUCUCAGUUACUUAACUUUAACUCGACCCGAUAUUGCGUUUUCUGUUGGGGUGUUAAGUCGUUUCAUGCAAGAACCAAGAAAAUCACAUUUGUUUGCAUCUCGACGUGCAUUACGGUACAUCAAGUAUACAAUUGGGUUUGAACUUGAUUUCAAGAGGGAGUCACGGAUCAAACUCAAGGGAUUCUGUGACACCGACUAUGCUAGAGAUCUAGAUGAACGAAGAUCAAGGUCGGCUUAUGUGUUCUUUAUCGGAGAUAGUGUGGUAUCAUGGUGUAGCAAGCAUCAACCAAUAGUAUCGUUGUCGACAACCGAGGCCGAGUACCGGGCUUCAACUUUAGCAGCUCAAGAGCUUGCUUGGCUAGUUCGAUUAUUGCAAGAAUUGAAUCAGAAGUGGACUAUAAAGUCAAUGUUGAGUGGUGAAAUUGAUUUAGUUCAUGUUGAUACGAGCUUGCAAGUAGCUGAUAUGUUAACGAAAGGAUUACCUAAAGCAAAGAGGGUUGAAUUCUGUGUGAUGAUGGGAAUGAAAGAAAUCGGCAUUGAGAGGGAGUGUGGAAAUACUAAUACUACCGAUUUCGGUUAUGGGAAAAUCUCAAAGGACAUUAAGGGCGGUUCGGCGGAUCUUAGAGGGGCGGUUUGGAGGAGAUCAUAG